AUGAAUCCCUUAACUGAAAUACAUCCUUUUGUCGAGAGCUAUUGGUCCGAUCUCUUCUCCUCAACAGAAAGGCUAGGCUUCACGCUAUAUAAUUCAGUUGCAGUUUACGGAAAUUUCUUGCUCAGCUAAGCUUAUCCUAAUGCUUUUGAAAAUAUGAUGGUUUUAGACGAAACUAUGCUUAAUGUUGGAUAUUUAUAAGCUAAGAAUCAGCUUGCUGAUCAUGGAAUAGUAAAAAUGACUGAUAUUGAGUUAAUACGACUUUUUGUCAUUCUGAAUAUCUUUCUAGGAGCUUUUAAAAGAACUGAUGUGAAUUUGAGCUAUUUUGGAAUAGUUGCAAAUGUUUUCUACGAUUAUAUAUAUUUGAGAGAUCCAACUAGCUACAACCCUAGUGGGAAAUUUGAUGGUUUCUUGCCUAAACUCAUUCAAGGAUUCAAGAAUUACAGUCUAGGUAAUAUGAUAGCAAUGGCAAUCUUCUUUGUUUGUGCCUCUAUUAUGGAGAUUAGUGUUGCAUAUUUGCCUAGAUUCUUAUAUCAUUUGGUAGCUGGAUAUCUCACUCAUCAUUUCGCUCUCUAAUAUGUAGAAAAACUUAUCUGA